GGGGGCCACAACCUCUAGACAACCUCAAUUCUUCCAGUACAAAUUCUGUAAACACAUUUUUAGUGAAUUAUUAAUUUGGUGAAUUAUUCAAUAGGUGAAUUUAUUUUUUGGCAGAAUUGUCCUAGAGGCCAUGUAUAGUUUACCUUAUAGGAUGUAUGUGGGGUGAAGGUACUCACACUGACAGUAGGUGUGAGUGUGGGAGUGGCUUCAUCAGAACUGAGUUUUAGAAAGAUAAGAAGCUUAUAUGAAUCUUUACUCAAUGAAGAAUUUGGGUCCCGUCAUAUGGUGUGAAGGGCCACUAUAAACAUACCCCCUUCCCCAUAACGUGGGAAAGAAACAGCUUUGGGGGAAAUACUGAGGAAACUGCCUUUACCUAAUGGAUAUGGGUUUAGUAUGAAUUAUGGAAAAUGGGUAGUGUAGGGCCCAUAUGGAUCCAACAGAGGUAUCAAAAUAAAAGAUGACAUUCAGUAUUUCAAAGGAAGCUAACUUCAUACAGUCCCUGGAGGACAAGGAGUAUUUCUAAUGUAAGCUUAUCAUAUAUUGUUUUUGCCAAUGAGAGUAGAGAGUGGUGAUGAAGAGUAAAAAUUAGUGAUUUUGCUUUAAAUAGUCUGAUUAAAAAAUGUACUUCAUUUGUCUUAUAUAUUAUACAUUUCUAAAACUAUUUUUUCAAAACGGCAAAUUGCUUAAUUCCUUGUUAACAGUUGCCAUGAAGAACUCCCCAUCACAUACUACAUAUAGAAUCCAACUCCUUUCCUCUCUCAUCAUUUUCUUUUUUUAAUUAUUUUUUGUCUGUCUUAUUUAUUUAUUUUUUUUAUCGUGUUCUAGGUAAAAUUUACAGGGCAAAUUAGUUCCUCACUAAACAGUUAAUGCACAAAUUGUUUUGUGACACUGGUUGCCAAAACCGUCAUAUGUCCACACUCUUCUCUUCUCCACCCUGGGUUCCCUGUUUCGAUUUAUCCAGUUCCCCUGCCCCUUCCUGUCUUCUCUUCUGUGUUUGCUGAAUGCUUCUGCAGCAGCCAACACUCACUGUCUUGUGUUGUAACAUUUGUGCACGUAUCUUUUCUUCCACUCUAGGUUAUAAUUUCCCAUGCCACUUAUCCUAGUUCUUUAUGACAAAUAGAAAUUCAAUGACUAUUUACUAAAUUGAGUUAUCUCAGCAGAAAAAUAUCGAAGAUGCAUCAGGUCGUGCAUCCCCCAAGAGCUCCAAAUUGGACCCUUCAUAGAAAGAGGAAAACGGCAACCUGGCCCUUCUCUAGGCUGUGGGAAGAAUGUGAAGCAACUCUGGUCCAAAUUAUCUUGGUCGCAGCUCUCUUGGCUUCUGUUCUUGGUGAUUGUGGUCCCCCACCCAAUUUACUAUUUGCUUCUCCAAUGUAUGAGGUGAAGGAGGAAAACUUCAGUACUGGAACUAUUCUGAAAUACACCUGCCGCCCUGGCUAUAGUAAAGCCAUUUCCAGUCAGACUGUUACCUGUGAUGAUGGAGGCUCAUGGAGCUACAAAACCUUCUGUACCAAGAAACGGUGCAGAAACCCAGGAGAUUUACCUAAUGGGCAUGUGGAAGUUAAGACGGAUUUCUAUUUUGGAUCACAGAUAGAAUUCAGCUGUUUAGAAGGAUAUAUCUUACUAGGCUCAACUACUAGUUUCUGUGACAUCCAAGAUAAAGGAGUUGAUUGGAGUGAUCCUCUCCCACUCUGUGUAAUUGCCAACUGUAUGCCUCCUCCAUCCAUCAGCAAUGGGAAGCACAAUGGUGGUGAAGAAGACGUGUACACAUAUGGCUCUUCUGUAACCUACAGCUGCGACCCCCACUUCUCACUCUUAGGCAAAGCCUCCAUUUCCUGCAUGGUGGAGAAUAAAACAAUAGGAGUCUGGAGCCCGAGCCCUCCUACCUGUAAAAAAAUCACCUGUUUUCCGCCAGAGGUUCCAAAUGGAACAAUCAUCUCCGGAUUUGGACCCACCUACACUUACAAAGACUCUAUUGUGUAUAACUGCAAAGAUGGUUUUAUCCUCAGAGGCAACAGCGUAGUACAUUGUGGAGAUGAUAACGACUGGCACCCUUCUCCCCCUGUUUGUGAGCUCAACAGUUGUAUCAACUUACCAGAUAUCCCGCAUGCUUCCUGGGAAACACGUUACAACUACAGGCCAAGAAAAGACAAUAUGUAUAGUAUUGGCACUGUGUUGAGGUACCACUGCAAUGCUGGCUACAGACCCAUUUCGAAUGAGCCUACGACUGUGAUGUGUCAGGAAGAUUUGACGUGGACCCCAUACAAAGGGUGUGAGAGUUGCCAUUUUCCUCCUAGCAUUGCCCAUGGACGUUAUAAACGAAUUUAUUUUUAUGGCAAAACUGAGUUUAUGUAUGAAUGUGAUACAGGAUACACUCUGGUUGGACAGGCUAAAUUCUCCUGCAGUUCUUCAGCCUUGUCACCUCCAGCUCCGCAGUGUAAAGCUCUGUGUUUGAAACCACAUAUACAAAAUGGAAAGCUGUUAGUGCAUAAGGAAGAGUAUACUGAAGGUGAAAAUGUUAUUGUGCAGUGCAAUCCAGGCUAUAGGCUGGUCCGUUGGAAAGAAGCCGUUGCCUUCGAUGGGCUGGUAGGCUCUCAAAAUAUCACUUGCUCAGAGAACAGAUCCUGGUAUCCAGAAGUGCCCAAGUGUGAGUGGGAAGUCCCUGAAGGUUGUGAGAGAGUACUAGCAGGCAGGAACCUCAUGCAGUGUCUCCCAAGCCCACAGGAUGUGAAAAUGGCUCUGGAGUUAUACAAACUGUCAUUGGAGAUUGAACAACUGGAACGAGAGGGACAAAGAACCCACUCUGGAGCAUCAAAGUAAUUCUUCCUAAAAAAGGGAGGAUAAGAUGCCUUGCUGCCUUCAGUUCUAUACAGAUAACUUCAGCAACUCUGCUGUCCCUUUGACAUCAUCAUUUACAGUAAUACUUAUCUGGGUAGGAGAAUUGGCCAAUGUUCAGUGCUUUUAAGAUUGUGAAAUUAUUGUUAGUCUGCCCUCUUGUGACUCAUGUAUUUGCUUUUCUGAAUGCAAAGUGUAAAUGCUUUCAAUUAAAAAUUUGCAUAUCAAAAACUAUUUUGUUUUCAUGGUCAUUUGGGACUCCACGAAAUGAGGGUCCUAAACAAACCCACUGCUUAGAGUUAAUACUCCUAUUUUACUGUGUAGGUCUAGGAAAUACGUACUUGAAUUCUUAUCAGUGUAUUUUCCUGUAAUGCCUUUACUUCACAGCUCACAUGUCCAAAUCAUCCAGGUCCUUCAGGACCCUGAGUCGAUGUGCACACACCCACAAAGUCUCGUCCGUUCUCCCCACUUUGAAUGGAGUUGCAUUCUCCUCUGAACUCCAUGCACAUUGACUCUUCCUUGCCAAAGCCACAUCCCAAGUUUUGCCUCACACAAAGGGCAUUUAUGUUUGUGCCUGUGU